AUGGACGACCUUCCCUUCGAGAUCAAGCACAUGAUAUGUGCAUCAGCUAUGGCAACCAGCCGGAAGACUUUGCAAGAGUUGAGUCUUGUGAACCAUACCUGGUAUCAGGCUGCCGUGCCCGUUCUGUAUGAAAGGCUACAGCUAUGCCUCACUACGACGGAGGAACUUAAAGAAGAUGUCGAACAGCUGCUAAAACAUCCACUGCGCAAGCAAUACCUUCGAUACCUGCGUCGUCUGGACCUCGUCGGGGCAAGCGGGAAAAAAAGUCUCCAGCUAGCUGCUGAGCAAGAAGCCGCAGAGGGACCUAUUAUGCUGGAUGAUUUCCUCGAUCGUGAGCUCUGGCAAAGACAUACUUUCCGGCUCUGUCGCAGGGAUACCACUACCCCCGACCAUGCUCCGCUCGCCAGGUUCAUCGCGUCCGUGUCGAGUCUGAGAGAGGUGAAUUAUGUUCGUGCUCUGCGCUUCCCGCAGGAAGUCCUAGAUGUUCUACAUAAAUACCACCCUUCUUGCAAGCUGAACCUGCUCUAUUUCUACCUUCAAGCUUGGAAACACCAGGGUCUUAGCGACAGGGAUAUGGCCGUGGUUACCUCGCCGUGCCUCCACUCGAUCCGCUGCUAUUACUACCGCAACGCCAGGAAUGACGAGGUAAUCGAGUCAGCCAUUCUGCGCUCGUUGUCUCUUGCUCCAAAUCUGAAAAAGGUCGAUCUCGUAUUGGUGCCAGAGAUUCACUUUGUGGACCAGCGUAUCUACGCCUUCGAGCCGACCGAUGGAGCAUCCACCGCCGUUGCCCGUCUCGAAACCUUGUCCUUUUCCCUAAACACCGUGAUGUCGGUCCAACGCUUCAAUCAAUGGCGUCAGAAGACCAAUAUAGAACAUCUGCGUACCUGGAGCAUCGGCUACAUCGAUGAACCCGCCCUCGCUCGAACCAUUUGCGCAGUUGCACCAUCGUUUCAGCGUCUCGAACGGCUCUCGCUCAACCUACAGGUGACCCCUAGGAGAAGUCGCGAGUACUGGCGCUCGGUGGAAGAGAUGAUGAUGGCAUUGCGCCCCCUCAAGGGUCUCUGGCUGGUCGGAAACCGCAACGCGCCCUUCCUCAGCAAGGUCUUGUCCCGCCACGGUGCCACCUUACAGAGCCUCGGACUCGACUCACGCAACAUUGAACACGACAUCCGGCCGCAGGAACAGACACGUCCGUACUACAACGCGCAGGAGAUUGCCCGUUUCGCGAAAAAGUGCCCGGUCCUCCGAGAGCUGCACGUCACCGUCCACCGUGUGCAGGGCCGAGCUCCUGAGGUAAAGGCUUACAAAGCACUCGGUGGUUUCCCUUCUCUGGUGCACCUCUGCGUAGAGCUUGAUUGCGUCCCGAGCGCAGAUGACCCGGAUGACAAUGUAGAUCUUCGCUCUAUGCCGGGGGGGAUCCCCGAUUACGGCUUUGCUGUAAUCCAGAAAGCGAGAGCACUCUGCAUCAACGCAGCCAUUGAUGAACCUUUGGCAGAGAGCAUAUUCAACACCAUACUUACAUCCCAAUCUACCAGGCGCCUCGCCAGUCUCAGGCUUCUUCCAACCUGCGACAAUCGACCUGGAACACUGGAUAUAUGCUCACGCGGCCGGAGCAAAUGUCUUUUGAACUGUUUCGCGGUGACCAGAUCCUCCAAUUCUAAUCCUGGUGUCCUCAACAUCAACAGGGUUUGCGAACCGCCCAGAUGGUCCGAAUAUCAUCCACCGAGACAUGUGACACAUUUCGAUGACCGUCUCGAUUUCUUGCGAUCGUUAGUGAUGGUGUGGAUUUGGCCCAAUGAUAAUAUCACGAGCUUCCCAUUGCAGGAUGUAUGA